UCAGAUUUGGCUAGAUCUUUAUAGAGUGUUGUAGAAAGCCACAAAGAGGCUGAAAUGGCUGGCGUGAAGCUGUCCCUUUUUCUCCUCUUCCUCCUUACGUUUAACCCGUGUCCGGCGGGUCCGGCUUGUGCUAGGCUCUGUGUGGUAAGGCGCACUGGGUCCUGCCCUAUACUGGGUGGUGUCUUUAUCAUCACAACAGGAGGCACGAUACCUUGUGCCACGUGCAACACGACCGGGCAGGCCGGUGGAAAUCCGCUCGGGUGUCUCCCGGGCGAUCUGAAGAAGCUGCAAGUGGCGGGGCACUCCGACAGAAGCGGCGAGCUGAAACCACUGCCCCGCCUCGGUCAGCUUGUCAAGCUGGUCCUCGGGCCCGGAAGCAUCCGUACCGUGGGAAGAGGAGCGUUCGCACCCGUGCCCGACAUUCUGGCACUGUCCAUGGAAAAGAACGCCAUCAAAACCGUUGGAAGCUGGUUUGGCGAAAUCACCAAGCUAGAGAAGCUCGUGCUGUCAAGGAAUGAAAUCGAAGAAAUCAAGGAGAACGCUUUCCAGCCACUGAGACAGCUGGACUAUCUUGAGCUGAGGCACAACCGGCUUCGUGCUGUGGAAGAAUCACACUUCUCAAGCCUGACCAAACUCAAGGCUCUGCACCUCAGCUACAACAACAUCUCACACAUCGCUGGGAAGUCGUUCGACCGUCUGUCUAGGCUGAACACGCUCACCCUGGAUCACAACAAGCUAUCGUUCCUCGGCACCGAGUGGCUACAGGGGUUAUCCACUCAGGUUAUCACCCUCAACAACAACCUGAUAUCGACCAUCCCCGCAGAGUCGCUCGCUGCCAUGAAAGGAAUUCGACGGCGAAUCUCCAUCCAUGAGAAUCCCUUCCGCUGCACCUGUGCACUGGGUAGCGCGUCAUCGUACCGCUUCAGCGACAAUCGGGACAGAAUGCGGUGCAGCUACCCGCCUAGCCUCUCGGGGAGAAAGAUAGCCGUCGCGGCGAGCUUAAAAUUGCCGUGCCCGACACCCACAGCCAAGGUGUCACGCCGAGACCGCGGAACCACUCUCGUGUGUGAGGUCUUCUGGGAGAAGCGACCAGAGAUCGGGUGGAUGGAUCCAAACGGGAGGGCCGUUGGAGACCGACAGGCACAAGACCGAUGCGGCGGCACGGUGACCACACGCCUGGAGCACGAGUACCCCACCACCCGGUCUCCUGAAGGGGGGCAGGUGGACCCAACAGACGCCCCCAGCCUACCCUACAUCGGCAGGUCCACCUCCACUCUCCAGAUGAACAAGCAAGCCUACCAGUGCUGGACGGGGGGCAGUUACCGGUGCGUCGUGAAGUCUGCAACAACAGGCAGCGUCUUUGAAGAUCUGCCGCUGACCAAGUCAAGCGAACAAGACCCGAGGCACGACCGCACCACCACCGUGACAACAGCGACCGUCCACACCUCAACACCUGCUCAGCGGAACGCAAGGGUGACAGAGAAGGUCACCAAAACCCCGGACAAGAACCCCCGGCAGGACGGCAUCACUCCGACGGCUGAAGCAGGAAGCAUGGGCCAAGCCAAGACCAAGAACCCCCAGCAGGACGGCAUCACUCCGGCAGCUGACAAGGCACAACGGCGCACCGCCAUGACAGCAGUCCUCACCCCCAAACCUACCCGGCAGGACGGAAGGGUUACAGGAAGCAUGGGCAAAACCACGGACAAAGACGGCAAACAAGACGGCACCACUUCAUCAGAUUAUAGUCCACUGGAUAUCAUGAUGAUAGUAUUUUACAGCGUGGGAAUCGCAAUCGUGGUUGCGAUAGUUGUCGACAGGGUAGUGAAGAAGUGCAAGAAGUGGUACGAGGAUCGACAAGAGCAGCGGCAAAACUUACACGGCUACGCCGCAGGAGGCAUACCGCUGCAAAACCUCCAGCCACCGGCCGCAGCCCCCACGACUGGGAACCCUGUACCUCCUCAACAGGCGCAAGAUGACACCCAGGACGACGCAUCCAUUACUCCGUAUGCGGAAACGUCGCGUCUGGAAAACCCCAUGUACGACGCAGACGUGACGGGGCCAAGAGGUGCGACCUCGGCGUCCCCAGACCCUCGGCCAGGACCCAGCAGGCCCGCUAACUCCAGGGCCACGUUACAGCCAGGGGGCUCGGCCACAGCUCAGGCGGGGAAUGCCCCAGCUCCACCUCCGCGGUCCGCCAUGCAAUCCAUCGCCGCCAGCGACUCUGACUACUACCCACCCGCCGGCACGGCCACGACUCGAGCAAAAGACGUCCCACCUCCCCAGACCAACAGGCGCGUCAACCCUAACGUGUCAGCGCAGGCAAAACGUUCAGGGAUGUCUGCUACGCGAAGGAACCGCAGUGCAUCCUGCGGCAGCCGAAAGGCCUCCUACGACAACCGCAGGGCUUCCUACCACAACCGCAGGGCCUCCUACGACUCGCAGGUCGAAGGCCCCAAUCUGUACCUUGACCUGAACGGCCCACCACGCCACUCUGGCUCAGACAUGCCUCAAUCAGAAGACGUCAACUCAAGCGUCUCAGUACAUCCCAAACGUUUGGGGACGGCUACCCUGCCAAGAACACGUGGAAAAGCCUCCUACGACCCGCGAAGCUUGGGAAUGGACGAAGAAGAGAACACAGAAGGCCCGAACCUUUACCUUGAUCUGAACGGCCCAAAACGGCACUCUGGCUUGGAGAUAUCUCAAGCAGAAGACAUCCCGGAUCCACUUCCACGGACCAACAUAUACGUCAACUCUAGCGUGUCAGCACAUCCACAAGACUCGGACAUGCCUCAGGCAGAGAGAAUUCCGGAUCCACUUCCACGGAUUCACACGUACGUCAACUCUAACGUGUCAGCGCGUCCACAAGACUCGGACAUGCCUGAGACAGAGAGAAUUCCGGAUCCACUUCCACGGAUUCACACGUACGAAGCGCGUCCACAAGACUCGGACAUGCCUCAGACAGAGAGAAUUCCGGAUACACUUCCACGGAUUCACACGUACGUCAACUCUAACGUGUCAGCACAUCCACAAGGCACGGACAUGCCUCAGACAGGGAGAAUUCCGGAUCCACUUCCACGGAUUCACACGUACGUCAACUCUAACGUGUCAGCAGAACCACGACACACCUGAUCAUGGAAAAAAAUGUUACAAAAAUUCCCCAAAGGAUACAAAACUUUUACCUUGAUCUAAACGGCCCAUCACGCAUUGCUGGCCCUUAGCUACAGCACUGACAUAUACUCAAUACUGGACUCAACAAACUCCCCAACGAGAUAUUAAAACCGGAAGUUCUGCUGCAGUACCUAGGAA